CUGGAGCAGGGGCAGCUGACCACCAGCUUCACGGGGGAGCGGGGAGCGCCAGGCAGUCCUGCGGGAGAAGUGUCCAACCCUCCCUGAGCUUCCUGAGCUCUGAGUUCUGAGCAACUCAGUGACUUCCUCUGCGCUGGAAGGGAAAUUUUUUGAACUCACAAGCAAAGGGAAAGCGGAAAGUCAGGGCUUCCCAGAGCCGCUUCAGAGCCUGUCACCAGGAAAGUCCCAGGCUGGCCAUCCCAAGGACCCAGAGCAGCCCCGGUCAUGCGGCCAGGUGUGUGAGGCAAUGGAAUGCGGCCAGGGAAACAUGGGAGGCCGGAAGAUGGCAAGAGACGAGGAGAACCCCUAUGGGUCAGAAGGUGACGUCCAGCAGUUCCCGCAGGAGUCCCAGCUGCGGCUCAUCCUGGUUGGGAGAUCGGGGACAGGGAAGAGUGCCACGGGCAACAGCAUCCUGGGCCAGCAGCGCUUCGUCUCGAGGCUGGCAGCCACGUCCGUGACCAGCACCUGCGUGGCCGGCAGCAGGCAGUGGGCUGGGUGGCACGUGGAUGUCAUCGACACCCCGGACAUCUUCAGCACCCAAGUGCCCAGGACGGACCCCCGGUGUCUCGAGCGAGGUCGCUGCUACCUGCUGUCCUCCCCUGGCCCGCAUGCCCUGCUGCUGGUCACCCAGCUGGGUCGCUACACCAGGCAGGACCAGGAGGCGCUGGGCAAGGUGAAGGAGCUGUUCGGGGAGGGCGUGGUGGCCAGGAUUGUGGUGGUCUUCACCAGGAAGGAGGACCUGGCCGGCGGCUCCCUGCACGAGUACGUGCGCCUUACCGACAACCUGGCCCUGAGGAAGCUGGUGGACGAGUGCGGGGGCCGCGUGUGCGCCCUGGACAACCGGGCCACCGGCCGCGAGCGGGAGGCCCAGGUGCAGGAGCUGCUGGGCCUGGUCACCGGCCUGGUGAAGAAGCUCGGGGGCACGCACUACACCAACCGGGUGUACGACGUGGCGCAGUCACUGCGCACCACCAACCCCGAGCAGCGGCUCCAGAGGGUGGCCGAGGCCGUAGCUGCCCGUGUGCAGAAGUCCCCGGGGUCUUGGCUGCUGGCAGGGCUGUGGCAGUGGCAGAAGUCACACAGGACCCUCUGGAGACGGGGCAUGGCUGUCCUGCUGGGUAUCUUUCUGGUCUAUGUGCUGUUUGGCAAGCGCCAGCCGGAGACCGUUGGUGACCUGAAGGACGGAUGGCCUGCACCGAGUUCGGGGAGGGCAGGGUGGGAAGCUGGGCAGCGCUGCUUCCCCAUCGCACGGGGACUUCUCUGGGCCUGGGGGAGGGGAGCUGUCAUUCCCUUCCUGUGUCUGGGUUCUAACACUGUUUGUUUGCUGUCAGGAAAGGAAAUGGGAGGCGGAGGGGGACGAGUCUUGCUGGGCGCCCUGGGCAGGAAGCACGGGUCAGGGUUAGAGCAGCACCGUGCUCGCACUCACGCUGGGACCAAAGGUCCUCCCUUGAAUCCCCUUCCAGCCCCUCCCCAGAGACCUAAGGCUGCGGGUGCCCCGGGUGCGCCACCAUCUUGUUGCUCCUUGCUCUGCAGGACUGCGGCUGGAGAGCGAGGGCCCAGCUCCCCGCGCGAGCACCCCAAGGUGGCCUGGCGGUGCUGUGCUUCACCCUGCAGCUCAGACAGAGGACGCGGCCUCUUGCCCUUGACAGGAAGGGUGGAAGACAGUGGAUUGGAAGCACCUUCUUUGAGGAUCAUCCUGGUGGGAAAAACAGGCAGUGGGAAGAGCGCCACAGGGAACAGCAUCCUCUGCCGGCCAGUGUUCGAGUCCAGGCUGGGGGCCCAGACAGUGACCAGGUCCUGCCGGAGAGAGCUCGGGACGUGGAACGGCAGGCACAUCCUGGUGGUUGAUACGCCCUCCAUCUUUGACUCACAGGUCCAGACCCAGGAGAUGGUGGAGGACGUCGGGCAGUGCUACCUGCUGUCUGCCCCUGGGCCCCACGUGCUGCUGCUGGUCACCCAGCUGGGGCGCUUCACGGCUAAGGACGUGGAGGCGGCGAGGAGGGUGAAGGAGGUGUUCGGAUCAGAGGCCAUGAGCCACACGGUGGUCCUCUUCACCCACAAGGAAGACCUGGGCGCUGGCUCCUUGGACGAUUACGUGGCCUGCACAGACAACGUCCACCUGCGGGGCCUGGUGCAGGAGUGUGGGGGGCGGUACUGCGCCCUCAACAACCGGGCGUCCGGGGAGGAGCAGCGCACGCAGCUGCAGGAGCUCAUGACUGUGGUGCAGGCGCUGGAGGGCUGGCACCAGGGCUCCUUCCACAGCAACGACCUCUUCCUGCAGGCUCACUUGCUGCAGCAGGGCGGAGACGGGGUCCUGCCCGAAGAGCGCAGGCGCUACCUGCGCAGCGUGAGGCAGCACCUGGACAGACAGAGGUGGGCGCUGCGGGCGGAGGAGGGCAGCUGCUGCUGCAGGGCGGUGCUCACUCUCAGAGCCUGGAUGGCUUCGCACCUGCUCCUCACUGCCCUCCUGCUCCUGUGCACCUUGAUCGUUAUUGCUGUCUUCAUCGAUAUGUGUAUCACGCAGGGGAAGUGAGCGUGCCCACUUGAUUUCUAGAAUGAGUUUUCUUCUGGUUCUCCGUCAGUGUCCAGGUGUAGGACACACCCUCUGCAUCACAGCUGUCAAACAUUUUCCUGCAGGUGCUUUUAAGUCAAUAAAACUCAGAGGAAACUACAGCUACCAGCACAACUAUGCUUAUUGCAGCAUUAUUUACCAUAGCUAAGAUAUGGAACCAACCCUGA